AUCACAGUCAUGUCUGAGAAGCUAAAAGAGAUGCGUGAGAAGUCACAGAGGAGGCGUCAGCUCCUUGCCCAACAGCUUGGUGUUUCAAGUCCACAAAACCUAGGGAAGGUUCUAGGGAGUACAUCUUUGGGAGUGGAAAAGACACAUGAAGAGAAGAAGGAAGAGGAAGAUGCCAAGAAAGCCAAAAUUGAUGAGGGUGACACAGCAGAAGAAAUGGUGUAUACUGAUUCCUCAGCUUUCCUUAAGGGCACUCAGUCGGCCAACCCGCACAACGACUACUGCCAGCACUUCGUAGACACGGGCCAGCGGCCGCAGAACUUCAUCCGUGAUGUGGGGCUGGAGGACCGCUUCGAGGAGUACCCGAAGCUGCGGGAGCUCAUCAGGCUGAAGGACGAGCUGAUCGAGAACACGGCCACGCCGCCGAUGUACCUGAAGACGGACCUGUUGUCGUUCGAGCUGCGUCAGCUGCGCAGCGAGUUCGACGUGAUCCUGGUGGAGCCGCCGCUGGAGGAGUACCAGCGCACGCUGGGCGUCACCAACCAGCGCUUCUGGAGCUGGGACGAGAUCAUGAGUCUGCAGCUGGACGCCGUGGCGGCGCACCGCUCGUUCGUGUUCCUGUGGUGCGGCUCUUCGGACGGGCUGGACCUGGGCCGGCAGUGCCUCAGGAAGUGGGGCUACCGGCGCUGUGAGGACAUCUGCUGGAUCAAGACCAACAUCAAAAACCCAGGGCACAACAAAAACCUGGAAACGAAGGCCAUCUUCCAGCGGACCAAGGAGCACUGUCUGAUGGGCAUCAAGGGCACCGUGCGUCGCUCGGUGGACGGAGACUUCAUCCACGCGAACGUGGACAUCGACCUCAUCAUCGCCGAGGAUCCGGGCUACGGCUCGCUGGAGAAGGCCCAGGAGAUCUUCCACAUCAUCGAGCACUUCUGCCUGGGCAGGCGCAGACUGCACCUGUUCGGCCGGGAGUCGACCAUCCGUCCCGGCUGGCUGACGCUGGGGCCCGGCCUGACCUCGUCCAACUUCGACCCGGACGUCUACAACGGCUACUUCGCUGGAAGCAACGCGACCACCGGCUGCACGGAGCGGAUCGAGGCGCUGCGACCCAAGUCUCCGCCGCCCAAGAGCCGCGGCGGCUACAGCCGUGGCCGGGGACGGGCGGGCCGGUGA